AUGCAGGUAAUGGAGGUCCUCUUGGCGAUGGUGGUUCUGUUGCAGGUGGUGUCGUCGGCGCCAGAGAAGCGCCUCUUCCAGCAGCCACUGGGAUAUGCGAACCGGAGGCCAGUUGAUCCCUUUCCCGCGGAAGGGACGAGGAAGGAAUCCCAUUCCAAAAGGCUCAGUUCUAGACAGGAUUACGAGGCUCGUCUGGAGUCGUAUCGGCAUCCUGUUAGGACCUAUCGACAGCCUGUGUAUGGUUCACUACAGGCGUAUCAUGAACCACCUCGAAUCCCUGGACAGAGCUACCAAGAACCACCUCGAACCACUGUACAGAGCUACCAUGAACCACCACGAACCCCUGUACAGAGCUACCAAGAACCACCACGAACCCCUGUACAGAGCUUCAAUGAACCACCACGAACCCCUGUACAGAGCUACCAAGAACCACCACGAACCCCUGUACAGAGCUACCAAGAACCACCACGAACCCCUGUACAGAGCUACCAAGAACCACCACGAACCCCUGUACAGAGCUUCAAUGAACCACCACGAACCCCUGUACAGAGCUACCAAGAACCACCACGAACCCCUGUACAGAGCUACCAAGAACCACCACGAACCCCUGUACAGAGCUACCAAGAACCACCUCGAACCCCUGUACAGAGCUUCAAUGAACCACCACGAACCCCUGCACAGAGCUACCAUGAACCACCACGAACCCCUGUACAGAGCUUCAAUGAACCACCACGAACCCCUGUACAGAGCUACCAUGAACCACCACGAACCCCUGUACAGAGCUACCAUGAACCACCACGAACCCCUGUACAGAGCUACCAUGAACCACCACGAACCCCUGUACAGAGCUUCAAUGAACCACCACGAACCCCUGUACAGAGCUACCAAGAACCACCUCGAACCUCUGGACAGACCUACGAUGAACCACUUCGAACCCCUGUACAGAGCUACCAAGAACCACUUCGAAUCCAUUCCCAGACCUACCAACAGCCUGCCCCAGAAUACACGGCUCCGCCUCACUAUGACUUCACGUACAUCGUGGGUGAUGAGGAUCCCUACGGGGGACAGGUAGACUUCGGCCACCAGGAGACCCGGGAUCUGGGCUACACCUCCGGCAGUUACUACAUCCUGCUUCCGGACUCUCGCAUGAUGAAGGUGGUAUACUACGCUGAUCAUACCGGCUUCCACCCCGUCUACACCUACGAGGACGACGCUGUCUACACCCCUCAGCCCCCUUCUGUCUACUCCCCUCAACCAGACCCCUACCUGCCUCCAUCAUCUCUCCGAUACUCGAGUCCCAGUGAGAAACAUGAGACCUGA